AUGGCUCUCCAACCUCCUUCUCCCUCCUCGUCGUACCAUAAAAUCCCUAUGCCAACUCUUCAAUACCUCGACGUACCAUUAUAUGGUGGAGCGCGGGUUUACUCCGCGUUCGGGACCUCGCAUGAGCAGGUUCUCUAUCCCCGCAAAGAUGCUCGUUUGGUCAGAUCACGUCCGCGGAAGCCUGUGAGGGUCGUAUUGAGAGUGCCAACUCCCCCGAGGAAGAAAAUCCAAUGGCCGGACGCACACAACGUCAAAGAAGUAGCGGCCUUCUGCGCGAACGAGCUCGACAUGAUCGUGAACGGCCGCCCUGUAGACGCAGCGGAGAAUGACCCCAUGGCUACUAAAGCCAACGAAACCGAGGCUGCCACCGAUAAUACUACCAUCCCAAAGACCGCUCACUUGACUCGGACUGAGGCGCCCACCAAUUGCUGCAUGCCAUCAUUGCAACUUCCAUCUCGUAUCCCCCGCCUAUCCACUUCACACAUCGGGAGGGGAACCAAAGACGCCUGA